AUGAAUACGUCGCCGGAGUGUGUGGCUCAGGCACCGCAGACGGAGGAGACGCAGAAGGGAACUUCACCGCCCCCACAGUGUCACGUCAACAUAGGACAGGGUGGACCGGACGGCGACGACGACGACGACGGCCUGGAGGAGCCGCUGUGCCGCAUCUGCUACGAGGGCGAGAAGGCGGGCAAACUGCUGUCCCUGUGCCACUGCAAGGGCUCCAUGGGCUGCACGCACCUGCGCUGCCUCGAGCGGUGGCUCGACGCGGCGCAGAAGACGCGCUGCGAGCUCUGCGGCUUCAGCUACCGAGUGCAGCUCACCAGGCGCUACUCCGUGCUGCCCUCUGUCCGUGUCUGGAUCCGUGAGCAAGCUGACAAGAGAUUACUGGUGAUCGACCUGUUGACAGUGAUAUGCGUUAUGCCGGUGAUCGGAGCGUACGUGUAUUUUAGCGUACGCGGUAUUCUGGAGCUAGCGGAGGGUCCCAUGGGGAUCGGACCAAACGAGACUACCACAGAGGCUCUGACGGCAAUUGGACUCCUGGUGAUGUGCACUGUCAUUGUCAUCUGCUUCUUCAUCUGGCUCGGCAUCGCCUGUGCUGACGACGCCGGUAGACGAGGGCCAGGUGACGGCGGUAGCGAGAGGCUCCUCUCUGGAGCAAAUCUUUUCACGUGGAGCGCACAUCCAGCAGCACGCGAGCGUCUGACCGCAGGUACAGGUGGUGAACCGGAGGCGGCCAUCGGCGGCUAG